AUGUGGCAUCUCAUCCUGCUCCUCUCCUGCUUAGGGGCAGUCGAAGCCAAAAUCUCUCCCCACCAAAGACAAAAAGUAGUCCAAGCCUACAACCCCCGACGAAACACCAGCUCAGACUCUACACCCCUUCAAGUAGGAAACGGCAACUUCGCCUUCGGCGCCGACAUCACCGGUCUCCAAACCUUCAAGCCCUACGCCACAUUGUCAACAUGGGGUUGGCACAACUUCAGCCUACCCACCACGCCGAACCAGACAUCCGUCGACGACUUCACAGGCUUGCAGUGGUGGACUCACGACAGGCUGGUGACUUAUGACCAGCCUAAUCCAGCCCAGAACGACAUCUCGCAAUGGCUUAUCCAGAACCCCCAGCGGGUUAAACUGGGGAAUAUCGGCUUUGCCUUCCCCCGUGAUGGCGAUGAGAAAGACAAAAAUGUCACGGAGGCGGACCUGGAGAAGAAGACGCAGACACUCGAUAUAUGGUCAGGAGUCUUAAAGUCGUCCUUUGCCUACAAGGGCGUUCCUGUAUCCGUAAACACAGCGGUCGACCCAGACUCUGAUACCGUCUUGGUAGAGGUUGAUUCCAAGCUGCUGCAGUCAGGUGGUCUCGGUCUCUUCUUUGAUUUCCCCUAUUCCGACCGCAAUAAAUUCGACGCUCCUUUCGUCGGCGUGUGGAACGCAACAGACAAGCACACGACGGUCUUGCAGCACCAGACCUCUCACUCCGCCGUGAUCCAGCACUCUUUGGGGCAAACGACGUAUUACCUUACUUUGCAAUGGGAGGGGGGAGAAGCGACGAUCACUGGUCCGGCUAAGGGAACUCAUCGGUAUUUUCUGAGGAUGAAUAACAGCAAGACAACAACGAGGAGGUUGCGGCUCAAGGCUACUUUUUUACCUGAACCACUGGAUGCAACUAGCACUGCAACAGUCACUACGACUCCUUCUUUCACCAAGUUACUAGCCAGAACGCAAAACUGGUGGAACACCUACUGGAUAGCCGGCGCCUUUGUCGAUCUCUCCCGCGUUAUCAACUCCAAGUCCAGUCCAUCGUCUCUCCAGGCCAACGCAACCGAACUCCAAAGCCGCAUCCUCCUCUCCCUCUACCUCCUCGCCGUCAACUCCGCCUCCUCCCUCCCGCCCCAAGAAUCCGGUCUAGUCAACAACGGCUGGUACGGCAAAUUCCACCUAGAAAUGGUCCUCUGGAACACCCUUCACUUCGCACGCUGGAACCAUUUCCCCUUGUUCUGGCGCAGUUUACCCACCACUUACACUCUAUUCCUGCCUUCUUCCCUUGCCCGUGCCCGAGAGCAGGGGUAUAAGGGAGCGAGAUGGGGCAAAAUGACGGACCCUACUGGCCGUAGCGCGCCGGGGGAGAUUAAUUCUUUGUUGAUCUGGCAGCAGCCGCAUCCGAUGUUUUUCGCUGAGACGGAGUGGCGGUCUUUUCCUAAUGCGACCACCUUAAAAAAGUGGGAGGAGGUGCUGGAGCAGACGGCCGAGUUUAUGGUUUAUUACGCCUGGUUCAACCAGUCGACGGGGUAUUAUGACUUGGGACCGCCGAUGUAUCCUGUUUCGGAAAACACUAAUCCCAAUGCCACGAUAAACCCGACCUUCGAGCUGGCGUACUGGCGCUUUGGGCUGGAUGUCGCGUGCAAGUGGAAGCAGAGACAGAAUAAGACUGUUCCCGAGGAGUGGACGCGUGUACGGGAUAACUUGGCGCCGUUGCCGGUUGUGGAUGGGACGUAUGCGGUCUAUGAGGGUAUACCGGGCAUGUGGAGGGAUAAUAAGACGACGAACGAUCACCCGGCUAUGGCGGGGAUUUAUGGUUUGCUACCCGCGCCGGCGAGUGGGCAACCGCCCUUGGAUAUGGAUGUGCUGAGGAGGACGGCCGAAUAUAUCAAGCGGUAUUGGGCGUUGGAGGAGUCGUAUGGGUGGGAUUUCUCGAUGCUGGCGAUGAAUGCCCUUAGGCUGGGGGACGAAGAGCAGGCGAUUGAGUAUUUGCUGCAUCCCAUCUUUCAGUUCGAUGAUGCUGGGUAUCCGGUGGGCGGGUCGCGGGUGCCGACGCCUUAUUUCCCGAACUCGGCGUCGUUGUUGUUGGCGGUGGCGAUGAUGGCGGGCGGGUGGGAUGGGAGUGAAGGGAAACAUUUCCCCAAGGGGUGGGAGGAGGUUGAAGUGGAUGGGUUCGUGCCGGCUAUGUGA